AUGUGCAGUGAUUCCUCUUCAGCUGGCAGUCUCAGCACCGAGAUGCCCAAAUGUGAAAGAUAUAGGGCCAAAUUUUACUCUCUCACUGUGCAACCACAUAGCAGUCAAAGUGAUUGCAAAGGUAUAUCUGAGAAAAUUGCAGCCUAUAUUAUAGGUGUGUUUCCUGGUGAAGAUAAAGCUAAAGAAAAUUUUAAUAACCUAGAAAAAAUAAUAAACACUAGUUUAGUUGCUUCUUUUCUGAAAGCUUCCAUCAUCAUCAGAUUGGGUUAUGAAGUUGCAUUAAAGGACAAGGGCAAGCAUGAUUAUGAGGUAAAAUAUCAGCCUGAUGUGAAAACUGAAACAAAACCCAUUCUCUGGGAGUGGGGUUUAGAGCUUCUGAAAACAAACGCGACUACCAACCCGUCUCAGCUCCUGCCGCUCGAGCUUGUGGACAAGUGUAUAGGUUCACGUAUUCACAUUGUGAUGAAGAGUGAUAAAGAAAUUGUUGGCACACUCUUAGGAUUUGAUGACUUUGUCAACAUGGUGUUAGAGGAUGUUACAGAGUUUGAAAUCACACCUGAAGGAAGAAGAAUAACAAAAUUAGAUCCGAUCUUGCUAAAUGGAAAUAACAUAACAAUGCUGGUUCCUGGAGGAGAAGGACCUGAAGUGUAAAUUGAUUCAUUUGUCAUCUAUGAAGACUCUUGUUAUAUAUUCUGUUAUCUCAAUGGAGUGCUUUUGGUUUUCAUUUUGUUUACAUUUAAAGUUGAAAAUAAACUGUUUACUUUCCCAU